AUGUAUGACAAUGGUGGAAUGGAGAAAAUAAAACAGCAUACCUUUGCGUUAGCUCGCUACACCUAUACUGUGCUGUCUACCUUAAAAUAUGCCAACGGGGCACCUGUUGUACGUCUUUACAAUGACACAGAUUUCAGCAAUCCAGAUGUCCAAGGUCCAAUCAUUAAUUUUAAUGUGCUCGAUGAAAGUGGAGAAGUGAUCGGCUUUUCACAGGCUGGCCAUGUCUGUGGAGAUGAUAUUGACCUAAUUGAUGGACGUCCCACUGGUUCUGUGAGAAUAUCCUUUGGUUACAUGUCUUCUUUUGAAGAUGCACAGACAUUUUUGAAAUUCAUCAUAGCCACAAGGUUCUCCAAGUCAGACACUGAGAUUCCCUUUCAAUCCUCUGCUACGCAGCUGACAACAGAACCUGCCCCAGAUGACCACUCUUACUUUAACAGCAUCAAUAAAUUGUCUCCAAGAAUGCACAUCGCAGAUAGAGAACAUAGGAAUAGUCCAUCUGAAACAGAGAUGACUGUCGGUUGGCCAUCACCGGAGUCUGAGUCAGAAAGCGUAAGGGCAGCUCUUUCUGAGGUUGCUGUGCCAAAGAUUACAAGGGGUGGCAAGCCCAUUACUGUCAUCAAUAUUUACCUGUAUCCAAUCAAAUCCUGCUCUGCAUUUGAGGUUACAGAAUGGCCGGUAGGAAACCAGGGUUUGAUGUAUGACCGUAACUGGAUGGUUGUAAAUCAGAAUGGUGUGUGCAUAACUCAGAAGCAGGAGCCAAAGUUGUGUCUUAUAAAUCCCUCAAUUAAUCUGAAGCAAAAGAUUAUGGUCAUUCAGGCAGAAGGCAUGGAUCCAAUAUCUGUAUCACUAGAAGAAAAUACUGGAAAAGAGGCUGUGAUCUAUGAGAGUAAAGUCUGUUCACACAGGGUGAAAACCUAUGACUGUGGAGAAAGAACUGCUGGCUGGUUCUCUACAUUUCUUGGUCGUCCAUGUCGCUUGAUAAGACAAAGUCCAGACAGGAAAAAUGACACGCAACACAAAAAUACAAAAGGUCUGACAUGUGCUACAAGCAUCUCGCUCUCUCUUGUGAAUGAAGCUCAAUACCUCCUGAUAAAUGCAGCCAGCAUUCUGCAGCUGAGAGAACAUGUUGCUCCAAGAUUGAAAGAGCCAUUGGAAAUAGAGGAAUUAAUCCGACGUUUCCGUGCCAACAUUGUCAUCAGUGCACCAGAAUCCUUUGAAGAAGAAGAGUGGGCUGAGAUCUCAAUAGGUUCUCUGCGAUUCCAGGUGCAAACUUAUCUCCAUUGUCUAAAUUCCUAUUCUGUCACAAAGCAUUUUGGCCCCUGGAGAUUGAGAAAUUCUUGCAAAGCUUUGAGUUGAACAUGGGCAACAGUGUGUACAGGUGAAAUUUAUGAAGUGCUAAAAAACCAUGCUGUGACCCCUGCCAAGCAUGCUGCAAAGUGACUGAGUGGUUUUGACGUAUUUCUC